UCUAGAGUAGUCCCCACUUGGUCAGUAUUUUCUAAUGGAUAAAUUCGAUUAUUUUUUUCCCCUUCUCUGUACUCAUUCAGCAUUGAAAAAUUUGAGUUUUUUUAUUAAUCUCUUUAUACCAUCAUUAUUCAGAUAACCCAUUUUCAGAUUUUCAAUCCUGCCGUCUCUGACUCUCUAUCUUUGCCGUGCGCUUUCGUUUACCCAUUCAAACCUUCCCAUUGAAUUGCAUACCCGUAAACCCCACGUUCCUAUUUCAGUAUUCUCCUUCUGGAACGUCAGAUUUUCAUUAAUUUCAGCAUAUCCGCCUGGUUAAUCUCUGCUUCUCAUUUUCUCAUCACCAUUUCCAAUUCUCAAGUCAAAUACCCAGUUUCCAGAAGCUUUCCCAGAUUCAUUUUUGUGCCACUUUCUUUCUAUGGAGUUGACCAACACAUUUCAGUGCCUAUUUUCCAAAUUGCGAUCUUGAAUUCUGUCGGAGUUAUUGAUUACAUAUACUGAGACAUAAGAGUGUUCCAUACAAUUCAAGCUUUGGAAGUGGUGGAGGAUUUAGUGUUAUAUGGCUCAUCCUGCUUAUGCUGAAACUCUGUCAUUUGGGGGCUCAAACCAUGGUCAGGGUCAACAAGCUGUGCCAUUUCAGACCAACAAGGCUUCUCUCAAGGUUUGUCUGUUACAUGGGAACUUAGAUAUUUGGGUCAGGGAGGCCAAAAACCUUCCUAACAUGGAUAUGUUUCAUAAAAGAUUAGGGGACAUGUUUUCGAAAUUGCCUGGGGAGGUUAGCAGCAAAAUAGAAGGGCAGGUGUCUAAGAAGAUAACCAGUGAUCCCUAUGUCAUAGUAUCAGUAUCAGGUGCUGUAAUUGGGAGGACUUUUGUGAUUGGUAACAGUGAAAACCCUGUUUGGAUGCAGCAUUUUAAUGUUCCUGUUGCACAUUCUGCAGCAGAAGUGCAUUUUGUUGUCAAAGACAAUGAUGUUGUUGGUUCGCAGAUUAUAGGCGCUGUGGGAAUUCCAGUGGAGCAAUUAUGCUCUGGGAUGAAUAUUGAGGGAACCUUCCCCAUCCUCAGUGCUAGCGGGAAGCCUUGUAAGGCUGGUGCUGUAUUGAGUUUAUCGAUUCAGUACACCCCAGUGGAGAAAGUGAACCUUUAUCAUGGAGCAAGUUCAGCACCUGAUUACCAAGGUGUCCCUGGUACCUACUUUCCACUUAGGAGAGGUGGAAAAGUGACACUAUAUCAAGAUGCCCAUUGUCACGAUAUUGAUGGUUGCCUUCCCACUUUGAAGCUUGAUGGUGGUGUUCAGUAUGUGCAGGGGAAUUGUUGGCAUGACAUCUUUGAAGCAAUAACUCAGGCACGUCGUUUGAUAUACAUUGUAGGGUGGUCGGUGUUCCACAACAUUAGACUAAUUCGAGAUGGUAAUAGCGCAACUGAUUGCAUGUUGGGGGAUCUUCUCAAGACCAAGUCGCAGGAAGGUGUAAGGGUUCUGCUCCUUGUAUGGGAUGAUCCUACUUCUAAGAGCAUUUUGGGAUAUAAAACAGAAGGAAUCAUGCAAACCAAUGAUGAGGCGACUCGCCGUUUUUUCAAGCACUCUUCAGUGCAAGUGCUACUGUGCCCUCGAUCUGCUAGAAAAGGUCAUAGCUGGGUCAAGAAACAGGAAGUUGAAACAAUCUAUACCCAUCAUCAGAAAACAGUGAUUGUGGAUGCUGAUGCAGGUCACUAUAAAAGAAAAAUCAUGGCAUUUGUUGGAGGUCUUGAUCUAUGUAUGGGUCGAUAUGACACUCCAAAGCAUCAUCUUUUCAGGACUUUACAAACAGUGCACAAAGACGACUAUCAUAACCCUAACUUCACGGAGCCUCCUGUUGGUUGUCCAAGAGAACCAUGGCAUGAUUUGCAUUCUCGUAUUGAUGGUCCAGCUGCAUAUGACAUCCUCACCAAUUUUGAGGAGCGUUGGUUAAGGGCAUCAAAACAACACGGGCUUCUGAAGCUAAAAGCAUCACAUGAUGAUGCACUACUCAGGAUUGAAAGAAUUCCUGACAUCAUUGGGAUUGCAGAUAUUACUUACCAAAGUCACAAUGAUCCAGAGGAUUGGCAUGUACAGGUUUUUCGUUCAAUUGAUUCCAAUUCUGUGAAAGGAUUUCCGAAGGACCCAAAAGAUGCCAUGAAAAUGAAUCUUAUGUGCGGGAAGAAUGUACUGAUAGACAUGAGCAUACAUACAGCAUAUGUGAAAGCAAUCCGUGCUGCCCAAAAAUUCAUUUAUAUUGAGAACCAGUACUUCCUCGGAUCGUCAUACAACUGGGAUUCUCACAAAGAUUUAGGUGCAAACAAUUUAAUACCAAUGGAAAUUGCUCUCAAAAUCACCAACAAAAUAAAAGCGAAUGAGAGAUUCUCUGCAUAUAUUAUUAUCCCAAUGUGGCCAGAAGGUGUUCCUACAAGCACGACCACUCAGCGGAUUCUCUAUUGGCAGCAUAAAACAAUGCAAAUGAUGUAUGAAACGAUUUACAAGGCUUUAAAGGAGGCUGGACUUGAGAACAAGUAUGAGCCACAAGACUAUUUGAAUUUCUUUUGCCUCGGAAAUCGUGAGGCACCAGACAGGGAAGACAAUUUAGAAGCAAAAAAUUCAACUUCUGCAAAGACUCCUCAAGCUCUUACUCGGAAGAGUAGGCGUUUUAUGAUUUAUGUCCACUCAAAAGGAAUGAUUGUGGAUGAUGAGUAUGUCAUACUGGGGUCUGCAAAUAUCAACCAGAGGUCAAUGGAAGGAACAAGAGACACAGAAAUAGCAAUGGGUGCAUAUCAGCCUAAUCAUACUUGGGAAAGAAAACAUUCAAGGCCACAUGGACAGAUCUAUGGAUACAGGAUGUCAUUAUGGGCAGAGCACACUGGGGUGCUGGAGGAAUGCUUCAAGCAACCAGAGAACCUUGAAUGUGUGAGAUGGGUACGGUCCAUGAGCGAGUUCAACUGGAGACAAUAUGCAGCUGAUGAGGUAACAGAAAUGAAUGGUCACCUAUUAAGGUAUCCGGUCGAAGUUGAUCGAACGGGCAAAGUGAAGCCUCUUCCUGGCUGCGAGACAUUCCUAGACGUGGGUGGGAAUGUAACAGGUACAUUUACAGCCAUUCAAGAAAAUCUCACUAUCUAAUCUACUUGAUGGUAGAUGUCCAUUCCAGAAUUGCUGACAGUUUUUAAGUUCUCCAGUGAAGAGCGUGCGUCUAUCCAUUGUUUGAUAAAUAGCAGUAUCUCAUGUCAUUAUCCAAUCAUGCUGUACAUUUUUUGUCCUAUAUUUGUUCAUCUUUUUCUAAUGUAUCAAAAAGUAGAAUUUGAACUUACAUUCAUUAGCCUAUUUGUUUGAAUUAAGGUUGUUUGAUUCAAAUUU